GCAAUCAACUCAUACAGCAAAGGAUGCAACUCUCCAUCGUUUUCGUCUUUUUUGUUCUCUGCUUGGCCGCUGUUUUUGCUGUUCCUAUCAGCGAUGCUUCCCGUGCUCGUCGUCAAGUCGCAUCGGAGAAGCGUCAACCAAAGGCACGCUCUGGAUACAUUCGAUUCGGAAAACGAAGAGUCGAUCCAAAUGCAGAACUUUUGUAUCUCGACCAACUUCUCAUUUGAAUCCGGCAUUCCGACAUCUCUUUCAUCAUCUUCUUCAUCAUCUUCAACAAAAUCCACGUCAUCAUGCGCCCUUUCUUUCUCUGCGUCUCGUCUAGUCUCUCAUUCUCAUGUUACAGUAAUCCAACAAUUAUUGAACACUGAACAAUUAAUUCCUUCUUCUCAACCAUCCCCACCAGUCGUCAAGUUUUCGUUUCAUCAAAUUUCUUGACCUGAAAAAUAUUCGUUUCAUAUUUCUAAUAACGAAGAUUUGAUCUCGAAGCGCUUUUAACUAAAAUGUCACCAAAUAAAUUAUAUUCAUUUAAUUUUACAAUUGCUUCUCUUUUUCGUCUUUUAUUUCUCUUGAAUUCUUCUCCACCCAUCGACCCCCGAACACAUCCCAAUGCUUUUUUGUUUGAUUGUCGCAUUCCAGUAUUUUCAGUUUCAAAAUACACAGCGAAUAAAACGAUUUGUUGUA